CAAUAUUUGUCAUCGCUGACGCUGAGAGCCGCUCAUUUAGCACUUACUAGCUCACCGGGUCAAUCAAGUGGUCACUACUCACUAGUAGUGUGGGCAAAUCCUGCUCUUCCGCUUCCAGGUCUCCGCCAGUGGCCCGCUUUGUUCCCCUGCCGCCGAGACUGCGAGCUGCGAGGCGCCAUGGCGGAAACCCCACUGAUUCCUCGCGUCAGGCUGGGCACCCAGGGACUGGAGGUGUCUAAGCUGGGGUUCGGGUGCAUGGGCCUGACGGGCGCGUACAACUCCCCGCUCGGCGACGACGCCGGGAUCGCCGUCAUCGCGCACGCCUUCCGCCGCGGCGUCACCUUCUUCGACACCUCCGACGUCUACGGCCCCCACACCAACGAGACCCUCCUCGGCAAGGCGCUGAAGCAGCUGCCGCGGGAGCAGGUGCAGGUGGCCACCAAGUUCGGGAUCCAGCGGGACGCCCACGGCACGGGCACCGUCUGCGGCCGCCCGGAGUACGUGCGCGCCUGCUGCGAGGCCAGCCUGCGCCGCCUCGGCGUGGACCACAUCGACCUCUACUACCAGCACCGCAUAGACACCACCAUCCCCAUCGAGGACACGAUUGGUGAACUCAAGAAGCUCGUGGAGGAAGGGAAGGUCAAGUACAUUGGACUAUCCGAGGCGAGCCCCGACACCAUCAGGCGUGCUCACGCCGUGCACCCGAUCACCGCCGUGCAGAUGGAGUGGUCUCUGUGGGCUCGCGACAUCGAGCCCGAGAUUGUGCCUCUCUGCAGAGAAUUGGGGAUUGGAAUUGUUCCUUACAGCCCGAUUGCUCGUGGAUUUUUCGGUGGAAGAGGGGUCACAGAACAAGUGUCUGCUGAAUCUAAUCUGAAAGGACAUCCACGGUUUUCGGCAGAAAAUCUGGAGAAGAACAAGAUUCUUUAUCUGAAAAUGGAAGAACUGGCCAAGAAGCACCAGUGCAGCCCUGCCCAGCUAGCUUUAGCUUGGGUUCUGCAUCAAGGGGAUGAUGUGGUUCCGAUACCAGGGACAACUAAGAUCAGGAAUCUAGACUCCAACAUUGACUCUGUAAAGGUAAAGCUAAUAGAAGAUGAACUGAAAGAAAUCAGCGACCAGAUACGGGAAGAAGAUGUGGCCGGCGGAAGGCAAUAUACUUCUUUUGCGCAUACCACCUGGAAUUAUGCGGACACACCAAAGAAGUAACCUUACAAAGAUUGUAGAGACAGUGAUAUGUGCAGAAAAAACAACCAUGCCACGCUAUAUGCUAUUUUGCUGUUGGUGGUGCCUGUAUCUUGUGAAUGCCCCCCUGCUCAAUAAUGUACUACGAAUAAAGACAGGUGUACUGUCUCCAGGAACCAUGUAAACUUCUGUCUGCUCGUGUUGCAGAAGACGAUACUGUAAUAGUUAUGUGACAUGGUUCUCUAGCUCCAGGUCUUUGUUCUUCUCUCUCACCUAUCAACUAGUGGCUAGGGGGUUGUGGUCAAGGGUGAAGGCCUAUGUGAGAAAGGUAUUUGUAUCAUGCUAGCAUUUCUCCAGCACAGCUGCACUUGUAAUUAAGAAUGUUGCCAUCA